GUGGACGAUUUGGGACCCUGGGAGCUAACAAGCAGAAAAUCAAAGAUGGCGGGCGGAAGGCAGUGCAGAAGGCAUAGUUGGUUUUCUCUCGUUUUUCAUCUAUUUUGCAAGGUUAGUAGCGAUUAUAGGUGGAUCAAACAGUAACAACUGUAGAAGGUAUCGUUUUAAGUAGUUUUAGAAAUGCUUGUGGUAACGGUUUACCUUAAAUUUGGUGAGAUCCUGACUCUGAGAAAACUGAGAAAUGCGGCAAGGAUUUUGUUGCGGGUUUUGCGAACAAUGAAAGCGUGUUUAGACAAAUUUUCCCAAAUACAAAUGAAGCAAAUUAUUUUGAAGGAUGCUGGUGGAUAAGAAGCAAAAGUCGAGGAAGAAAAUAGUACAGAGAAUCUUUGCGUGCAAUUCGCCGAGCCGGCCAUGUCUUCCACACAUGCUCUCUGAUACUCUUUAAACGCAAGGAAUUCCUUCCCGCUUAGCUUUUUGCCUUCAAAGCUUUGCUUAUUUUGAUGAAUUCUAUCAUUAAAUUCAUUUUUGCUUGUUUUUAACCCGCUAUUUCGAUGAAAAACUGAAAAAUAAAGUGUGUUAUGAAGGUAAACAGCAGACCAUGAGGUGUUGAAUUUCAUUAUGCAAAUUAGGUUUAACCUCAUUAGCAUAAUGUAACAGCGGCAGAAAAUAAACUUGUACAAAAUUCCUAGUCGCUCUACAUUUUCGAACGAUUUUCGGGUCUGUUUUGCAUAGAUAUCAUAUAUCACACAAAAUAGACAUCUUUCCUUGCAAGAUUACAUUCUUUGUGAAAUUUUUAAAAUGAUUAUGCAGAAAUAUGCCUUGUUUAUUUUUUUCCAAGCUUGCAAACGGGUAGAAUCCUCCAAAUCCUGCAGUAUGAUUGGUUCCAAGAACGGGAGUUAUUUUACGAUCUGGCCCGCUAACCCAGGUGGAAUCAUUGGCAGCUUCAUUCACAAGUUUGUUUGUUAUUUGUGAAUGACCAAAAACCGUCAUUUUCAAACCAUUUUUAUUUUAAAACUCGUGCUAUUAUUAGCAUUUACUGGGGAAAAGUGAAUUUUAUUAUUCGGACAAGAAGUCUGAAGGGAGAAUCAAACAAGUCCGCCACGAAAACCGCUAAAGUAAAGCAAAACAGGUGGCUCGUGAUGUUGCUUCACUAAGCUUUAUAACCGCGCUAUUAGUACUGCAAUCUUGCUUUUAUGCACCAUUUAUUGGACAUUUCUGCUCUGUUUGUAGUUUUGUCUUCCAUUUUUGCUGUUGGAAUCUUAAUUCUGCUUUUUUUUUUUAAAUUUUAUCUCACUAGUUUUCUACUUAUCGGAAGAGGUUGUUCAAUCUUACAUAAACAGCACGAAUCACUUUUCCAGCACUGAAUCGGUUAUCGCCGUUUUCAUUUCUUUCUUCAUAACUUGUUGCUCACAUCGCCCUCUUUUAUUCGAAUUCAAUUCAAAACCUUAAAAUUGGUAUGGGUAAUUAGCACUUUUCAUCCUGCUUGAUUGAACUAAUCUUAAAGCUAUUUUUUAAUUAUUCAGCCGAAGAAAAUGCUUGCAUUAUUUUUUUCUUGGGGCUUUGAAUAUCAAGCUCAUCAAUUCUUUUAUCCUUGUUUGGCUCUCAGAUUAUGAAUUGUCUAACAAGACACAGAAACUGUUUUUAUUCUAAAAGAGAGCAGCAAGUGCCAUAAUAUAAACUACCGAGCCAAAAAUCAUGUUGUAAUAUUUUGUUUUGGUUUGUAGUCAAUCACGCGCUUCAUCAACACAAAUGUGUCCUACUUCAACACACAUAGGUUGGAGAUUGAAGGAAAAUUUUCCUGAAACUUUUAAAUCUCAGUAGGAAAAAAAUAAAAAUGUUAUUCACUGGCCUAGGUCGGUCCAUAUUGGGAGAAACUGUGCCUUCGGUCUGAGUACCGCCCAAGGCCGUACUCAAGACCUUGGGCACAGUUUCUCUCAAUACUGACCUCCCAGCCGGUGAAUAACAUAUAUUUAUUUUUUUUGUGGAAUAUUGUGGGUUUCCUGAGGCGUUUUUAGAAAUUUCUUAUAAUUUAUAAGUUUAGUCUUAAGAAUUGUUCUCUUAGUUAAGAAUGCGAGUGGGAAAAUACUAUAUCUGCAUAUUUUGAUUUCUUAGUCUGGAAAUGUCACUGGAAAACUUUUUGAUUUUUCAGUUCCAUUGUAAUUUUAAGAUCACAGUCAUGACACGGUACCAGAAACGAUUUUUACUGUGAAGUUCUAGGGCUUGAUACUAAGUAAAAGUUAUAGUCUGAUAAUAAUGAAACACAUUUAAUUUUCCAGAAAAAUGUCUGUGCGUGGCAAAUUGAACAUGAAGCAUGCAUUGUAAUCCUCAGAGGCCACCUGAAUGCAAACCCGAAUCAAAAGCUUGCCUUAAUCAGCAGAACUGGUAGGUAACAUUGCAAGAUACUGCUACUAGAUAAUGUUAUCUUGAAAACCCAUUUUGCUGUUGAUGCCUUGAUACCGAGCAGAAUGCAUGAUACAAAAUAAUGUAAUACCAUUCUCUGUAUGAUAGACAGUGAAUUACACCAAUUUUUGUACUUAUGUAUAUGUUGUAGUUAAUAUUUUAUCUCAGGUAAUUUUUGUUUUCCUUUUCUUUUUGGGUAUGACAAUCUUUGCUAAUAAAGUUGAAACAAGAAGGAAAAAUAAAAAUUAGCUACUAGGAACCUUGCAAGAAGCAUAUCUAUUAUUCUGUACUUCCAGAAAAUAUCCAUACCCCCCAUGAAGGGCAUGUUUACUUUAGACCCCCCCUACCCCCCUGGAAUUUCCAUGAUACACUGUAACGGGUUCUUGUCAUAGGCCCCAGCCCCUGGAAUUUCUGUAAAUUUUCAACUUGGUUGGGUACCCUCUGGAAAGUCAGCGGAUAACUUCAAAAAAAUACUUGACCUUGAUGGGUUGACACUUGAGCCCAUGGUAUGGUCAGGUGAUACUGGUCAGCGGAAACCCUCUUUUGACAGCUGUCAAUUGAUCACAACAUUGAUUAGUGGUGUAACGAUUCAUAUUCCUAACAAUUCAAUUCAAUUUCGAUUAUUGCCUUUCGAUUUCGAUUAUUUAAAUUCCAUUAUGUAAUUGUUUCUUAAUUCUUGUAAUAUAACGUGUACUGUUAACAACAUGCAACCCUAAACCCUCAAUUUGAGAAUAGUAAGAGGGACAGGAGGAUUAACAGUCGCUUGGUUCGCCGCCAUGUUUGAGAACCUGACAAAGAGCGUGUCGCACAUGGUUUGCCUUAUUUGGAAAUUCUCAAGGAGUGGUUGAAGGACAGCAUUUUUACAGGCAACACAAAAUGGCGCACAAACUGCUAUCGUCUUUGCUCGUCAAUCAAAAGUGCACAUUUUAAAGAGUUCUGGAUUCUGAUUUUACAAUAUAAUAACUCACUGAGGGCACCCUGGAAAAGGUGAACCAAAAUUGAAACGUGGAAGCAAAGAAUCGUGAAUUGAACCAAACAGUCGUAGUCGCGAUUAAUCGAGAAUUCGAUUAAUCAUUACACCACUAACAUUGAUGUGCAAUUAGUUUUCUCUUGGGCUCCCAAACUAGCUAGAAAGUGUGAGAGUAAACAUUGGUUUCCCUGUGGUGAGGACGGAUGGUCCCUCGGUCGGUUGUGCCUAAAUCAUACCGUCCAAAAGGACAGCCGAGGAGUAUUAGAAACGAGUUUCCGAUUCGGGCCGACUUCGGAAAUUCUCGAAAACAACCAAUAUGGCGGCUCAAGCGUGGUGAAAACUGAGAGCCAAAGGAGCCGUUUUAUCGCCAGAGAAGCGUGAUUUACGGUAUUGUUGACGAAGUUUGCGUUUAUUGUGAGUUUUGAAGUCUUCUUGGUCCUGUAUAGUAAGCAAUCCUUUCAUAAAUGUCUUAUUAAUUUGUCUUGUCCCUUUGGCCGGUAUUACCGAAGAAAAUAGUACCGUAUAAAGGGACAUCCUAAAUUAUAGCAACAUUUGUUGGCAUGUACAUUACCUCUAGCUUUCAUUGUUAAACUGUGUUGUAGGACUGGAUUUCUGCAGGUUUCUACAAACUUAGGAUAACGCUAUGGGAACCUUUUUAUUCAUAAACGUGGCCUUGUCCUUUUGGCCGGUAUUACCAAAGAAAAUAGUACCGUCCAACGGACAUCCUGAGUUUUAGCAACAUUUGUUAGGAGGUAUAUCAUAUCUGGGUUUUUUAUUGUUAAACGGUGAUUCUUUAGGUUCCCAAAAGGUCAGGGUAACUAAAUAGAAGUGUUUUAUUUUUUAGUAAAAAAUGCCUUGUCCUUUUGGCCUGUAUUAUCUAAGGAAAUAGCACCGCCUAGCAGGACAUCCUAGACUAUGUCAGCAGUUGCUUGCAUGUAUUACUACAUGACAUGCAGCUUGUUAUUGUUACAUUGAAGUAUAUACCUUGCUCUCUGAAGGCUUUUUCCUACCAGCUGGGGUCAGCUGAACAGAGAUAGUUUUAUUCAUUCCUUGUUGUUGUAAUCACCUAAGAAUGUCCACCCAGGGGGACAAUCUAUAGGGAGUACUCAAAACUGACAGCUAGAGGUGCCGCCAGGGAAGCGUGACGGUAUACUUUGCGAUGUUUGAGAUUCUCAUGUUCUUUGAAAAAUUCCUGAUUGAUCAUAUCAGCAGUCGAUUAUGUAAAUUAUAUCCUUUCAUUCAUGUUAUACAGAUAGAUGUAUUAUUAUCAUAAAUAUUAUUGUUACUGUUGUUGUUAUUAUUAUUUAUUGUUGUUAUAGAAUAAUUGUUAUUUCCUGUCCUCAUUAUUUGCAUGUUGUUUGACUGGUCAGUAUCACUCACCAAAAAAAAGGUUGGUACAGUUGGCUGUACUCUAUGGCUGGCACUAUCAAAACAAAUCAAAAUUCUUUUUUUUUUUUUGUGACAACAACAUUAUUCUCACCCCACCCCCACCCCCUCCCCCCCACCUCUCCAUACUGAAAUUGUGGUUCAAUUUUAUCCUUGGUCUAAAUUUUAUUUUCUUUUGUUUCAAACUCCUUAUCAUACAUUACCAUACCCAAAGGCCUACCUACCUUGGCAGCAAUCAACCUUGGUUGUUGAUUCGGGAGACUCUCUAUUUUUAACUUCCCCUGGGCCCCUCUCCCCAACUGUCAACAGCCCCAAUAACCCCACUACCGGUCGGAUAAAUAAAUCAAGUAAACAAGAUCCUCGCGUUGCUUUGUGCUGCUCACUAGUGUUCAUUAAAAAAAUAUUGAAAAAAGAAUUGAAAAAAAUAUAUAUAUUAAAAACUUUGAAGAGGAAGCUAGGCUAAAUAGACAGUACAUUGUAACUGUCUACCAAUUUCAUAACAAGAAACCGUAAAAUUUCGAAAAUGAGCCCCUCCAUUUAUAAGCCCCUUAAAAUAUAAGCCCCUCAAACCGGUAACGCAAAAAAACCUCCGUUAAAUCGCCUCUCCAAAUAUAAGUCCCCUGGGGACUUGUACUUGGAAAAUUGCCUCAAAUAUAUAGUAAAACAAAGCUAAAAUGGUAGAUUUAUUCCCAGCUAUAAGGCUAACCCAAUCGAUUUUCAAACGCAAAUUUCCCUCCGUAGAUAAGCCCCUCCGAAUAUAAGCCCCUCCAAAAAUAAGCCCCAGAACUUAUUUUCGGAAUUUUACGGUAUGCUUUGUUCUUCGUUCAUGGACGAAAUUACAGAAACCCAUCAGUGACAAGUUCUGUUCAAUUUCUACAUUACAGAUGUACCACAGCUAUUAAACUCAGCUGAUUGUGGUGUCUUUGUCUGUAUGGUAGUUUUUGCUAUUUCAUCACCUUUGCCAUGAACAUUAUUUAAUGGAAAGUCAUUCAUUAUGCAAUUCCAUCAAAAUAAAUAUGAACUUUUAAGUAUUAUCCAUCAAAACAAAUUUCAUACAUCACUACUGUUACUGAUUAGUUUGCAGAGUACCUUACCAGCGGGAUAAUGCCCAACUAUAAGCUGGUAUUAAAACAGGGGCACCCAACGUCAAUUUUCGGAAAAUAUCUGUUCGGAAGACGAUUUGAGAUCUAGAAUUUUCGGAACUUUUGUUGUAAAAUUUCUUGCUUGCCUGCCUCUCCUAGGAUUUUCGAACAUCUAAAAAAUGGAAUAAUUGCCCAUUUUUAACGGAUUUUCACCCUAAAAAUGUCACCUAGAAUUUUCGGGAGCCUUUUUCCUGGCUGAAAUUUUCGAAAAUGUAAGUUUUGAUCCCUAUAAUUUUCAGAUCACUAGACUUUCAGCUAGGAAAUCCGAACAGAUGAAAAAAUUUUGGGGGGAUAAAAAUAUACGUUCAACAAUGCUAUGUUUAAGUGGUUUUGAACUAUAUUCGCGUUGGGUGCCCCUGUUAAAAGUUCAGACGCUAGACAAUUUUCAAAAAUAAAAAACCACUCCUGUUUGGUUAUCCUUGGAUUUCAAAUGUUUAACCAGAAAAACGGUUUUACACUUUUCCAUCUGAUUACAACAACAAGGAAUGAAUUCAACUAUCUCUGUUCAGCUAUCCCCAGCUGGUAGGAAAAAGCCUUCAGAGGGCAAGGUAUGUAUUACAAUGUAACAAUAACAAGCUGCAUGUCAUGUAGUAAUACAUGCAAGCAACCGCUGACAUAGUUUAGGAUGUCCUGCUAGGCGGUGCUAUUUCCUUAGAUAAUACAGGCCAAAAGGACAAGGCAUUUUUUACGAAAAAAAAAAACACUCCUGUUUAGUUACCCUGGCCUUUUGGAAACCUAAAGAAUGACCGUUUAGCAAUAAAAAACCCAGAUAUGAUAUGCCUCCUAACAAAUGUUGCUAAAACUCAGGAUGUCUCAGUGGACGGUACCAUUUUCUCCGGUAAUACCGGCCAAAAGAACAGGGUCACUUUUAUAAAUAAAAAUAUUCCUAUACAGUUAUCCUAAGCUUUUUCGAUCAAAUCUCCAAGCAAGCGUGA